UGUACACUACACACUUUUGAACGUACUGCUUUGGUUGUAAUCCCAUGUGAGUGUAGGUGUCCGGUUCGUUACCAUGGAGACCCGGGUUGCAGCACCGCUGUCCACCCGCAAGGUGGUCACCCCUACUGUGACACAAAUGAACGCUGAAUAUGUCACCCAGUUGGCGAAUACAUAUUGGGCUCCACAUUCCAAAAAGAAACAGCCUUUUGAUUAUAAGGUAAUUGAAGACAUUUACACAAAGGAAAUAGCAAAGUCAAGGUUUGCAAUCAGGAAGAUAAUGCUGCUAGAAUUCAGUCAGUACCUGGAGAAUUACCUGUGGCUGAAUUACUCUCCGGAGGUGUCCAGCAAGGCUUAUCUUAUGUCAAUUUGCUGCAUGGUGAAUGAGAAGUUCCGUGAGAAUGUCCCUGCUUGGGAGACCUUCAAGAAGAGGCCCCAACAUUUUCCUUUUUUCUUCAAGAGAAUAAUUGAAGCAUCUGUAGCUACUGAGACCAAGGGCGACCUCACAUUGCACGAGAGCACAAUUCUUCUCCUGUUCCUAGAUCACUGUUUUAACAGUCUGGAAGUGGAUUUAAUUCGUGGACAGAUCCAACAGUUGAUCUCCCUGCCCAUGUGGAUAUGCCUCCAACCGGCUCGACUGGAACACGAGUUGAAGAAAACACCAAAAUUGAGAAAGUUUUGGAACCUUAUCAAAAAGACAGAUGAGAAGAUGGAUGAAAAGGCCAAGUCAUUGGCCAAGCAAGAGAGAUCGUUUUUGUGGCAACUGAUCCAUAAGUUCUUGUCAGUGCUCAGAUCCAUUGCAGCCUCAGGACCUGUUUCUAUGGACAGGGUGCAUUACUGUGAACGUUUCAUUGAACUAAUGAUUGACCUUGAGGCCUUGCUUCCUACUCGCCGGUGGUUUAACACGGUACUAGAUGACGCCCAUCUUGUUGUCCAUUGCUACCUGUCUAACCUUUGCAACCGAGAGCAGGAGGGACAUCUCUUCUCUCAGCUCCUGGAUAUGUUAAAAUUCUACACUGGAUUUGAGAUCAACGACCAGACAGGAAAUGCUCUCACAGAAAAUGAGAUGACAACAAUUCACUACGAUCGCAUUACCUCCUUGCAGAGAGCAGCUUUUGCACACUUCCCAGAGCUCUAUAAUUUUGCUCUCUCUAAUGUAGCAGCUGUGGAUACACGGGAAUCCCUGGUGAAAUUCUUUGGUCCUCUUAGUCCCAACACGCUCCACCGGGUGGCAUCUUACCUCUGCUUGCUGCCUGCACUUGCUGAGGGAGAAGAAACCACAUAUGACAAAGACAUUCUUCUGGAGCUGCUGGUGUCUCGCCAUGAGAGGCGCAUCUCUCAGAUCCAACAACUGAACCAGAUGCCAUUAUACCCCACAGAGAAGAUUAUAUGGGAUGAGAACAUUGUGCCCACUGAAUACUAUUCUGGGGAAGGAUGCCUAGCUUUGCCAAAGCUGAAUUUGCAGUUUCUCACCCUCCAUGAUUACCUCCUUCGAAACUUCAAUCUCUUUCGUCUGGAGUCUACUUAUGAAAUCCGUCAGGACAUAGAGGAUGUGGUGUGCCGCAUGAAGCCCUGGCAGUCUGAGUAUGGCGGUGUGGUAUUUGGUGGAUGGGCACGCAUGGCCCAGGCCAUUGUAGCUUUCUCAGUGGUGGAAGUGGCCAAACCUAACAUUGGUGAGAACUGGCCUACUCGGGUAAGAGCUGAUGUGACCAUCAACCUGAAUGUCCGAAAUCAGAUCAAGGAGGAAUGGGAAGGUCUUCGUAAGCAUGAUGUUUGCUUUCUGAUCACCCUAAGGCCAACAUUGUCCUAUGGCACAAAGAUUGACCGGCGUCAAUCCAUCAGUGAGCAGACUGGCCUUGUGUAUUUAAGAGGCUGUGAGAUCCAAGGCAUGCUGGAUGAGAAAGGACGUGUUAUUGAGGAAGGACCAGAACCUAAGCCUAAGCUUAAAGGGGACUCGAGAACAUACCGAGUGUUUCUUGACCCCAACCAAUACCAGCAGGACAUGACCAACACCAUACAGACUGGCUCUGAAGACGUGUAUGAAACUUUCAACUUGAUCAUGCGAAGAAAACCAAAAGAGAACAAUUUCAAGGCUGUUCUGGAAACCAUUAGGAGGCUCAUGAAUACAGACUGUGUAGUUCCAGACUGGCUCCAUGACAUCAUUCUGGGUUAUGGUGAUCCAGGCAGUGCCCACUACUCCAAAAUGCCUAAUCAGAUCCCAACUUUGGACUUCAAUGAUACUUUCCUCAGCCUUGACCAUCUGAAGGCCAGCUUCCCUGGCUACCAGGUCAAAGUGACUGUGGAGGAUCCAGAUUUGCACAAAGCUCCUUUCAGAAUUACAUUUCCUGUAUAUGGAGGGAAAGGCAAGAAGCGCAAAGAAGGAAACGAUGAGGAAACAAUGUCUGAAGAGCCACCUACACUGAUUGUAGAGCCACAUGUCAUCCCAAACCGUGGGCCCUAUCCAUACAACCAACCCAAACGUAAUACUAUUCAGUUUACCGCCACCCAGACAGAGGCCAUCCGUGCUGGCAUGCAGCCUGGACUCACCAUGGUAGUUGGGCCUCCUGGAACUGGAAAAACGGAUGUUGCUGUACAGAUUAUCUCCAACCUUUACCAUAACUUUCCUGAGCAACGCACUCUUAUUGUCACACACUCCAACCAGGCCCUUAAUCAGCUUUUUGAGAAGAUUAUGGCUCUAGAUAUUGAUGAAAGGCACCUUUUGCGUCUGGGACAUGGAGAAGAAGAGCUAGAGACUGAGAAGGAUUUCAGUAGAUAUGGGCGAGUGAAUUAUGUCUUGGCACGAAGACUGGAGCUUCUCAAGGAAGUUGGACGUUUGCAGGAGAGCCUGGGGGUCCCAGGAGAUGUGUCAUAUACAUGUGAGACUGCUGGCCACUUCUUUUUAUAUCAGGUUAUGUCAAGAUGGGAGGCUUACCUUAGCAAAGUGAAAGUUAAAUCAUCUCAAACUCCAGAUGUUAAUGAGAUCUCAAAAUCCUUCCCCUUCCAUUGCUACUUCUCUAAUGCACCUCAGCCUAUCUUUAAGGGGCACUCAUAUGAAGAAGAUAUGGAACUGGCUGAAGGGUGUUUCCGGCACAUCAAGAAAAUCUUUACUCAGCUAGAGGAGUUUCGAGCCUUUGAGUUGCUGCGCAGUGGAUUGGAUCGAUCCAAAUACCUUCUGGUGAAGGAGGCCAAAAUAAUCGCUAUGACAUGCACUCACGCAGCACUGAAACGCCAUGACCUUGUAGAACUUGGAUUCAAGUAUGAUAAUGUGUUGAUGGAGGAAGCUGCUCAGAUUCUAGAAAUUGAGACCUUCAUUCCCCUCCUUCUGCAGAAUCCAGAAGAUGGGUUUAGUCGCCUUAAACGCUGGAUAAUGAUUGGAGACCACCACCAGCUUCCUCCUGUGAUUAAGAACAUGGCCUUCCAGAAGUACUCUAACAUGGAGCAGUCUCUGUUCACAAGAUUUGUUCGGCUGGGAGUACCAACAGUUGAUCUGGAUGCCCAAGGGAGAGCCCGGGCCAGCCUUUGUAAUCUUUACAACUGGCGUUAUAAGAGUUUGGGAAACCUACCUCAUGUGCAGUUGCUUCCAGAGUUCCGCAGGGCCAACGCCGGCCUCCUGUAUGACUUCCAACUCAUAAAUGUUGAAGACUUCAAUGGUGUUGGAGAAUCUGAGCCCAAUCCAUAUUUCUAUCAGAACCUGGCAGAGGCGGAGUAUGCUGUGGCUUUGUUUAUGUAUAUGCGUCUACUUGGAUACCCAGCUAGUUGCAUCAGCAUUCUGACAACUUAUAAUGGACAAAAGCACCUAAUCCGUGACAUUGUAAAUCAGCGCUGUGGCAACAACCCUGUGAUUGGACAGCCCAAUAAGGUUACCACUGUGGACAGAUUCCAAGGGCAGCAGAAUGAUUACAUCAUCCUAUCGCUGGUCAGGACCAGGGCAGUUGGUCACCUCAGAGAUGUAAGGCGAUUAGUGGUCGCCAUGUCCAGAGCUCGCCUUGGUCUGUACAUAUUUGCUCGAGUAUCCCUUUUCCAGAACUGCUUUGAGUUAACACCAGCGUUCAGCCAACUUACUGCUCGCCCACUUCGUCUGCACAUCCUACCAGGCGAGACAUUCCCUACACAGAGGAAGAAUGGUGAAAGGCCUCCCUUCCCAGCCCAGAUCAUAAAGAACAUGCCGGAGAUGGCAAACUAUGUGUACAACAUGUACAUGCACAUGCUUAGGAGCAGCCAGCAAUACCAAAACCGUCAGGGUCUCUUACCACCUCCAGCUGUCACUUAUGAGCAGGAGCCAUUAUUUUCUCAAGAGGAGGAGAUGGAAGUGGACAUUGAAGUAACUAAACCACAACAUGAGAAUCUGGGGCAAGUUGUUUCAGUGACUUCCCCUGGUAAAGAAACAAAAGAGAAUGUUGUGCACGCUGAGACUACAGACAUUGUGGGGGUAGAUGCAAAGAAACCGUCAAUUGAGGCUGUACAGCAAGAAGACAAAGCGAGUUGUCAAGAGGUGAAAUCCCCACCAGUCAAGGUUCAGGAGCCAGUAACUGACAAUGCUGAGGUUCGAGAACCUGAAACUACCCACAGCCGGGAUCAGGAGUCAUUGACUAGUCCUAGUGAGGUGCAUAAAGAGAUAACUAGUCACUGUGAGAUACAGAGCCAUGUACUAGUUUCCAGUGACCUGCAGGAAAAAGCACAGACUGAAGAGGUCCAGGAGCCUAUGAGCUGUUCUGAUGUGUUGCAGGAGUUGGCUGCUGGAGACAAUGAUCAAAAGGAUCAAGCAACAGUAACAGCAGCAGAAAAUGAGGAAUGCAAAACAGCUCCUAUAAGUUCAGAGGGAGAGUUUCAGCAACCAAUAGAGUCCUCGAGUAGCCAACAAGAAGAUCUGGAACAUCGGAAGAUGCCGCAGCAUCCAGGCAGGGACAGUGAUAGUGAAUAUAGUGAUGAUGAAGGGAGUGAAGACUAGCUUGUCACACACCAAGCAUACAUAUAUGGUCCACAUGCAGCCCAAUUUAAUGAGCAGAUUAACAUGGCUGUGAAUGCACACAGCACCCUAGACUGUGAACUCUAAAAACGGUUGUGUAACAGCUGGAUUAGUAUGUGAAUACACACAACACCCUAGACUGUGAACUCUAAAAGCUGUCAUGUAACAGUUGGAAUAGCAUUGCGGUGACUGGGUAUCAAUUAUAUUCAGUUUACACUCUUCUUGCUCAAUGCCCAAGAGAUGCACUGAGCAGUAUCUGAGUGCAGUUCCUAUAAAUGGCAGCCGUGGAGCAGUUGAGGUAUUUCCAGAUUAGAUUGUCCUUGCUUCCUCUACUUCAGUCACCAAUUUAAGGGAUAUAAAAUUCAAAAUUGGAAUGAAUGAGUGCAUUUCAGGUUGGAACAGCAGUAUUUUUUUAUGUAAAAGCAAAAAAUAUUGUUAUAGUAAUAGCUUUAAUUGUGCAUGGACCAUAUGUUAAUGUUACUCGCGCACCCUCAUUCAAACACCACACCAUCUUAGAGCUGGGGCCUGUAUGUAUUUAUUGCCAAUAACUCAAAAUGUAUGCAAAUCAAAAUUAAAAUAUAAUCCUGCAUUUCAAUUUUGAGUUUUACUUCCCUUUAACCCUUAAUCUGUCCCUAUUAGCAAGGGGUUUAAGUGCCUGUUUGAUCUAACACCAUUAUGAAAGUUCCACCCAUUAGUCCAUGAGCAUCAUAGGGAAGAGAUUAAUAUUUGUUAUUGAUCAACAUGAGAACAUGCCAUAUAUUUUUAGGUUGUUUUUUUUAUUCAGUAAAAUGUAUUUUGUAA